AUGGCUUUUUCUCUCUUUAAGCCAAUUCUCAAUGGCACUUGGGUUCAAACUAGUCCUUUGAAAUUCUCUAGGUGUAAUCCUCUUGUUGGUGUUUAUUACAAAGAUGGGUUAAAUCAAGAACCAAGAUUUAUUGUUGUAGGUGGUGUUAGAUUUGUUGGUGGAUUAGUUGAAAUUGAGGACCGUUUUGCUGUGGAAAUUUAUAAUCCAAAUUUGGAUUUUUGGGAACUUUGUCCACGUUUACCAGCUGAUUUUAGGUCAGGUGGAUUAUGCAAUUUACCAAAUGGACCAAAUUUUAUACUUUGGAAAGUUGAUGAGAAAACAAUGGAGUUUAGUGAAAUUGCUAUAAUGCCACAAGAAUUGAUGUAUUGUUUGUUUGAUAGUGAAGAGGAUGACAAAUUUGCUAGUUUAAAAUGUGUUGGAUUGGGGAAUAUUAUUUAUGUGUACAAUGAAGAGCAUCACAAGAAUUACCCUGCUUGUGUUUGUGAAUUUGGAAAUGAGUUUGGGAAGUGUAGCUGGAGGAAAGUGCCUAAUUUGUCAGCAAUUGCUACUUGCUAG